CAUACACACACAACAGCUGCAUCAGGUCCAGGAUUGAUGCGCUGGAGAGGUCUCUGUGCUCAUACUUUUUCAUGUAUGGUCUGGAGAGCAGAGGCAGAUUGGCUGUAAACCAAUUUUUCCCAGAGGAUAGAAGCAGGAUCACCAGCACAAGUCACAUAGAGUAAACUUCAGGAUUAUCUUGUUUUGAGGGCAGGAAGCAAACAGCUGGAGUGAUGGGAAAGGAGACCAGCUUUUUUUCCCCCCUUAUGGAAAUUUUUCUUCCUUUAACAACAACUUUCUCAUAUUUUUGUAACAUCUGACUUCUAGCACUGAAUGUGAAAUUGGGAGCCGAUAUUUUUGUUGGAUGUGGUAAGAAUUGCCAGGAGAGACCUAAAUGAAUAUUUAAAGAGAUCAGUGAUAAAAGAUUGAAACGAACUGUGACACUGGGGAUCUGUGCUAUGAAAUAUGUAUUUGAAUUGGCCAAAUGCUCGUGACCCUGUGACCUACUAAGGCAUGUCUUUCCUUACGUCUCCAAAUUUCAGUUUGUAACAGCAGCAGAAAACGUUUCGGAUUUAUUUAGAAGUAUUUUUAAAAAAGGGACUAUGUAAUGAUAUAUAUUUUUUCUCUUGUUUAACUGUUAUACGCCUAGACUUUUUCUGAAUCUGAUAACUGUUAAGGUGUCUGGGUGUUCGUUUUCACUCCUGCCUCCCCACAUGAAGAGCGCCAGCUGACGCGGUUAUAAUUUCUUCAUUUAUUAUCAAGCCAGUAAAAAGAACAAAGCUCCUCCACCCCGCUACGCUUGUGUGGUGGUGCGGUAUUCGCUAUUUGUUUGUUUAAAAGGGCGUGGGGGCGGCUACAGUAACAUCUUUCUCACUAACUCUUUCCCCCCUUUCUUUCUUUCUUUCUUUUUUUAAAAGUUCAUUUCCAUCAUCAGAGGCGCGUCGCAGGGGUUAAUUUAGCGCCGAGUUGGGGAGCGUCAGGGCGCACACAGUGGGCUAGUUGUGCCGGUCACUCCCGCAGAGGCGAUGCCCUUUUGUGGAGAGGUCUCUUGUCACAGAGAGGACAGACGGCAUUCACAGUCGGGACACGGGGACACAAAGAAGAACUGCAUUUUAAAAGGCUCCAUUCUUUUCUCCGCUGCCGCUGGGUGUUGACUGUGGGUGUUUGAGAGGAUCUUUGUUGCCCGGAGAAAAGUAGAGAAGAAGAAUAAGCGCCGUGAACGGGUUGGGGGGAAUUUUAUGGACAGGGUUACUACAGUGCAGCUGAUGCUGUCAUCCACUCCACCUCUGUCUGCUUUCCCCGGAUUUACCAGUCUUGUUUUGGAUGAGGAGCGGAACUUUUACGCAUUGUUUUACGCACUGAUCGCACGAGUCGCGACUGAACGGGAACUAUCAUAAUGAACUUAGUCUCCCCGGUACCUGCGGGAUAGCGGUUUGAGCCCGACCAUUACCUUAAACAAGAAGUCGUUUUGUGGAUAUUUGACUAAAGGAUGCCAGUUGAUAAAUUCGCAAACAUGGAGGAAAAACUGUGGAUAUUAGAGGAUCUCAAUAUGAUGUACAUCCGUCAGAUUGCACUCAGUUUACAGGACAGUGACAUCCAGAAGAAGAUUGACCAUGAGAUCAGGAUGCGCGACGGGGCUUGCAAGCUGCUGGCCGCCUGCUCUCAGAGAGACCAGGCACUGGAGGCAGCAAAGAGCCUGCAGACCUGCAGCACUCGCAUCAUGGCCUACAUGUCGGAGCUGCAGAGGAUGAAGGAAGCCCAGGUCAUGCAAAAGGUCACGCGGAGGUCGUCGGAUGCGGGGCCGAUGGACGACAGACUCCCAUGCAAAGGAAAAGUGGCCAUCUCAGAUCUUCGUAUCCCUCUCAUGUGGAAAGACACGGAGUACUUCAAGAACAAAGGAGAGCUUCAUCGGUGUGCAGUGUUCUGCCUGCUGCAGCUGGGAGGAGAGAUCUUUGACACAGACAUGGUGAUAGUGGACCGGACACUCACUGAUAUUUGCUUCGACAACACCAUUGUAUUUACUGACGCCAGCCCAGGUUUUGAGCUGCGUGUUGAGCUGUACAGCUGCUGCUCGGAGGACGACUACUCAGCGGGGAGCACGCCGAGGAAGCUAGCCAGCAAACUGAGCUCCUCCCUGGGACGAUCAGCUGGGAAGAAGCUCCGGGCAGCCAUGGAGCCUGGACCGUGCAGUCCCGUCAGCAACGGAGGGGCAUCUCCUCUCCUGCUGCCAGUCCCCUCUGUACCAGGCCCUAAGUACCACCUCUUAGCUCAUACCACCCUGUCACUGUCGCACGUCCAGGACAGCUUUCGCACACAUGACCUCACCAUCUCCGGCAACGAAGAGUGUUCGUACUGGCUGCCACUCUAUGGCAGCAUGUGUUGCCGCCUCGCAGCUCAGCCUCACUGUAUGACCCAACAGAUGAUGAGUGGAUGUUUGAAAGUUAAGCAGUGUGGAGGUGACCCUCAGAGUUGGACAAAAGUGUUCGCAGUUCUGAAAGGAACAAGCCUUUUCUGCUACCACCGGCAAGAAGAUGUGGAGGCUAACAUUGAACCAGCUUUCACUAUUGCUGUCAACAAGGAGACCAGAAUACGUGCGUCAGAGAAAGACCCUCACAGUAAAGUUCAGAACAUCUGCAUUAGCAACCAGUACGGAGGUGAGGAGGUCACACACACUCUGACCACAGACAGCCGCGAGGACACACACCGGUGGAUGGAGGCCUUUUGGCAACAUUUCUAUGAUAUGAGCCAGUGGAAGCAGUGCUGUGAUGACUUAAUGAAAAUCGAACUGCCAUCGCCAAGGAAACCAGCUCCCGUCACACCAAAACAAGGAUCUCUUUAUCAUGAAAUGGUUAUUGAGUCAUCUGAUGACCUCAGCAGCACUGUGUCAGACAUCCUGGCUCGGAGGUUGCAGGAGUUGGAGCUGCGCAGCCAGCUGGGCACCUCUCCCACCUGGAUGUCUGUGUUUGACGAGAACAACCCUAAAAGCGCUGGCCGCCCUCGUCCCUGUACUUCUCGCCUGUCUGGCCACAGCCCCUGCACCCCUCACCGACUGCCCCGGAGCCCUGUGAGCCCUCACCGCUGCCCACAGACGGGUCUGCUGUCCUCAGAUGCAAGUCUGACCUCAGACAGCGACAGCCACUGCAGCACCAGUCCCUGCUCUCAUCACCAUGGCUGGCCCGAGCCCCCCUCAAACUUCUCUCUCUUGUCCUCCUCCCCCUCCCGCCUGAGGCCGCGCACUCUUUCGCUGGAUGCUAAACUCAGCACCCUUCGUGGAAGGGGAUACGGAGGAGGGGGGACCUUCCAGUGCCCCUGCCAGCCUCCUCCCUCCUCGCUGCUCGCCCCGAUCCCCAUCUCCUCUCGUUCACCUCGAUCACAGCGCAGCACACAGACCACGCUCUCCUGCUCCAGCUCCACCUCCAGCAACAGCUCCAGCAACAGUGAGGGCAGCCACAGCCCUGAGUCAUCUGAGGGAGCCCCCUUCUCAAGGCCCUCCCCGGCUCGACGCAGCCUCAGGAACCUCAGGGCCAGACUUGAUCCUCGCAACUGGCUCCAAAGUCAGGCUACCUGCUAGGCCCUGAGAAAGAUAAGCUGCCUCUAGCCUGGUGGAGGAUGGAUCAUGGAAGACCCUCCUGGGGCAAACUGGAAUGUCUUCUAACACAAAAGACAGGUGACAAUCACUGCAGGCGACUCUACACUUUGUGAGUUGCCACAAUUUUGAAGACAGUCCAAAACUAAAUGGGAGGUACUCUUGCUUGCUUUGAGAAAUUAUUGUCAUGUUAAGUGAUGCUAAGAGCUAGGGACUUGCUCUGAUAAACACGCCACACUAGGCCUACUGUCUGUCUUUGGAAUCUAACUCUGAAACUGGAAAAGGUUUUGUUCUGUCCUCUGCAUCAGUCAUCCUGGCCACUCUGACAUUGGUUUCAAGGUCAUCUCUUUUAAUGCACUAGCAGUGUUUUGACUGGAUGAUUUGUAUCUGUAUUAUAUGAACAAAGAUUUGCAGUGUUUAUGCUAUGAAAGCCAGUAAGCAUGUGGCAAGAUGAACAUGCAAGAUGAACAUAAGGUAUAAUCAGUCGAGAGUUUUCACAUGCAAACUGUUAAAUGUGGAGGGAAGGGUUGGUGUUUGUUGCCUGUACUGUGAUAUCUACUUCAGUGUACUUUUCUAAUUAUUCACAUCAACAGAUGAUCUUUGUGGUUCUCCUAAAAUUACUAUGCACCAUUUUUGUUUUUAUUUUGUCGUUUUUGCAUGAUUACACUUACAGUUAAAAUGUUGAACUACUUGAGAUCAUUUCAACAAUGAAUCUGGUGAAAGCUUAACUUAAUGCAAGUGCUCAUACUUACUGUACUGGUUAUUACUGUGAUCUCUUCAGGGUAAACAUCUGUGCUCUGGUCUUUACUUUUACACACUUAUCUGCACACUAUUGACAGACUGUAGUCAGAACUGAGUAAAAGACCCUUUUCAUACAUAGAACAACCCCUAGAAUAAACUGAAAUUAACCAAAGCUUAAGUAUUAUUGAAAACCCAAGCCAUACCUAUAAUUCUGCUACGCUGCCUCACUGCAGUAUUGUAGGAUUUUAUUGAAUAGUGAUUUCUGCUCAUGAAAAAUCCAAUACAAUGUGAAACAUCUAUUGAUCUAUUAUUAUGCAACAUAGAGAUAAAUCUUAGAAAUAAUUUUAUUGUGGCUGUAUUGUAGAAAACUUGAAUACUUACAUAAAACAAAGUCAACUAUUCAGUCAUGAUAGUAAAAGCAAAAUGUAAAUGGUUGGUUUAAACUGCCAACUGUUUUUUUAUGUAAGUUGUUGCCAUUUAGACAACUCACAGCAGUUACUUCUUAUCACAAAACAGAAUCAAAUCUUGUAGGAGAGUCGGUGUCUCUGUCAGUGCAGUAAAGCCUCUUCUUCUUUGUCUCUGUUGUUUACUGUGGACUUACAGUUUCCCUCUCGGGGCUCAGAACUCGGGCAACCAUUUUUACUAAGAUUUAAAACUGUCAAAUGCUUGAAAAACAGCAUUUGUUACUGUAAAUUAAUUUUUAUAAGUUAACAAAUAAACCUCCUCUCUCUGUCUUUUGUUACAUUAUUGAUUUUGUUAUAAAUGCAGCUAUAUUGAUACCUGAUGAUCAUAAUGUUAAUAGAUGAUGUGCAGAUCUUUAACUGUUACAAAUAGAUAACAUUGAAUGUUAUAACCUUGCAAGAGUUUCCCUUGUUAGCAGGCUUUGUGUUCUGCAUGUACGCCGUCCUAGAAGGCGAACAUAAAACAAAAAAUGUGGAAAUCUCAUGAUUAAAUAAUAUAACAUUAAUUAUAAUAAAUGUUUUAUCAACUCACA